CGGCUGGUCUUUUGUGGAGUUAAGCCCAAGCCCGAUCCAUAACUUUCCUUGGGCCUUCAAAACCCUAGUUUCUCUCUGCACUCAGUUUAAGAAAACCCUAGCUCAUCUCUUUCUCUUCUACCUCUCUGUAUCUGCCUGUCUCUCUCGACGAAGCCAUGGCGACUGGUACUACAGCAGCACCUACACGGGCUCUGUCCCAGAAGGAGUUGGAUAUACAGAUGAUGUUGGCAGCCGAAGUCCACCUCGGCACCAAAAACUGCGAUUUCCAAAUGGAACGCUAUGUUUUCAAGCGGCGGAAUGAUGGUAUUUAUAUCAUCAACCUUGGUAAGACCUGGGAAAAACUUCUGUUGGCUGCUAGGGUUAUUGUUGCUAUUGAGAACCCUCAGGACAUCAUUGUCCAGUCUGCAAGGCCAUAUGGUCAAAGAGCUGUCCUCAAGUUUGCCCAAUACACUGGUGCUCAUGCCAUAGCUGGAAGGCACACUCCCGGUACAUUUACCAAUCAACUUCAAACCUCAUUUAAUGAGCCUCGUCUCCUGAUCCUUACUGAUCCAAGGACUGAUCACCAGCCUAUCAAGGAAGCAGCUCUUGGAAAUAUUCCAACUAUUGCUUUCUGUGACACUGAUUCUCCUAUGCGGUAUGUGGAUAUUGGCAUUCCUGCUAACAACAAGGGGAAGCACAGUAUUGGAUGUCUAUUUUGGUUGUUGGCUAGAAUGGUUCUGCAGAUGCGUGGCACUAUUCCACAAGGGCACAAGUGGGAUGUCAUGGUUGACUUAUUUUUCUACAGGGAGCCUGAAGAAGCUAAGCAACAGGAAGAGGAGGAAGCUGUACCAGUUGCUGAUUAUGCACUUCCUGCAGCUGAUUUUUCGCUCGCUUCUGAUUGGGGCAACCAAAUCCCUGAUAGUCAAUGGACUGCUGAUGCAGCUCAACAGCCUAUUCCAGCUGCUCCUGCUGCUACUUUGUUUCCAGAGCAAGGGGGAUUUGCUUCAGAGUGGGAUGCUGCAGCUCCACCACCACAAUAUGCUGGUGCAGCUCCACCCGUUGCUGCACCUGGUGCUACUGCUACUGGCUGGGAAAUGGACACUUAAUACUAUGUUUUAAUGCUUCUUCCUGGAUUAGUUAUGAACAUCAAAGUGGGAAAUGGACACUUAUUUUAUUGUCAAUUUGCGCAUAGUUUUGUUUUAGAGAUUGUAUUUUAAAAAUUUUGGCUAUAUCUUAAUCAAGUAAUGUUAUUUUUUCGUAUC